AGAAAAAGACUAUGUAAUGCAUAUUAAUAGAUUUUAUCAGAUUCUGAAAUAAGGUUUUAAGAAAUAAAUUAAUAUUAACUAUGGUACAUAAGAUAUAAAUUUUAUAAAGCCCAAUUGUAUAUAGACAAUCUGGCUUUUUAUACGAUCCCCUUUUCAUGAUAACGUCGAGUUCGAGCUUGAAGUCGCUAUACGCUAGAGUAGUCAAAUAAAAUAGUUGACAGAAAGACGGGUUUUUAAAUAUGUUGCAAUAAUGGCGUCACGCUAGUGGGUUGAAUAAAUUCCUUAGUAUACAAAGAACUAGUAUCUGGUUUAGUCAUCUUUGAUGUAUACGAGGACAGACUUUGUGAUACUGGUACCUACAGGCGUUCACUAUACAUGGUACACAACACUUACGGAUUAGCCCUCUACUUCAACAUAGGAUCCACAAUCGUGAAGUGACAUAAUGGUUCUCCGCUACUUCGUCGUUGUUUUCUGUGUGGUGAACUUUGAACCGGUGAAAAGAACAGAUGCUCAGCAGAUAAAUGGUGAUAUACUAGCUGAUGAGUUGAACAAGGUGACGGACGCUUUGGGGGUGUCAUUCAUACAGGAAGAAUACAACAAGUUGAAAUACAAUGAUAUAGUUACAGAUGGAGAGGCAGAAUCACGAUAUAUUGCGAAAAAGAUUGGUGAACGAAUGGAGAAAAUGGAAGAAGCACUGACCAAACUUAAACAGGAGAUGGAGAAGCAAUAUGAAAUGAUGACCCCUAGCAGUACAUACCAGGACUGUUGUAGCAGUCGUGACUAUCCUCACAAUCUACACUUUAGAACAAAUGUUUCGACAGACAUGUUUUGCUACAGUAAACCAAGCUAUGUACAAGAUACCAACAUCAAAUAUCCCACGUCGGAUGUGUUAAACACAAUGAAGUCCAACCAUCGGGAAAACAAGAACAUUCAGUUCCAAUACGUUGCUCUUAAAUCAGGACUUUACAUUAAUUAUCCGGCCACCAAUUUAAUUGGCUGUGAUACCUAUGACCCAAGAUUCAGACCAUAUUUUGUGUCUAGUACCACUUCUACUCCACGGGACGUGGUAUUGGUAUUACAAAUGUCGGCUUCUAUGAGGGGGGAUAAACUGAACGAGGCCAAGCAUGCCGCCAUUACUGUUCUGGAAUCGCUUAGUGUCAAUGACAAGAUUGGUAUCGUGGUAUUCAAUAACAAAGCACAGAGUCCAAGUGGUUGUUAUGGAGAUAAACUGGUCCCAGUAACACGCACAACAAAGCAGCAUCUGAAAGACUUCAUUAACGCUGAAGACGCCACUGAAGGACCGAACUAUGCAGAGGGUCUCCGCAAAGCCUUUACUUACUUCCGAUACAACUCUAGUGAAGAAGGUUUCAGAGAUCAGAUCAUGUUGUUUGUUUCUGACGGUGACAACAAUGCAGGAGAUAAUCCUCUAGAAGUCAUCAGAGAUGAGAAUCAUCGGCUACAAAACAGAGUUGUCAUCAACACGUACGGUAUAGGGACGGGUUUGAAUACCAACGACAGGCAGCUGUUGGAAAACAUGGCAAAACAAACACUGAAUAACAAUACCUAUGGUUACAUAAAGGUCGGGAAAUCCGUCAUCAUAGCAGAUGUCAAGACUUCGUAUCUACGAGAGGCGAUGGGGACGUUUUAUGAUUAUUCCAGCAUACCUAUAUCCCUGACCCCCACAUUCACACAAGCCUACAAAGAUUUCUUCACUAAAGAGUUUGUGAUUACUGGUUGUCUCCCUGCGGCGUAUCAAGGCUCGUUUAUAGGCGUGGUUUGUGCUGACAUUCUGCUCAGUGAACUUGUAUCGGAGACUUUAUACCUUCAGCAAGGAGAGAAUUCUUACGUCUUUAUCAUUGACGGCAAUGAAAGAGCACUGAUACACCCACUUCUUCCAGAUCCACGUGACGUCAACGCAUCAGAUUAUGACAUAAACGACAUUUACAACUUUGAGACGGCUGGUGAUGUUCCUGAUGUUAUCAAUUCCAUGAAAAAAGGUAUGUCAGGGAACAAGACCUUAGUGACCACAGUAACAGAACCUAGAGGGGACAGACUGUUGGACGGUGAUCUGCAGAGGAUACUGAACGCAGUGUAUUACUGGACCCCGAUUGUUGCACCUGGUAGUAACUUUUCUUUGUGUUUGGUGAUGGAGAAGAAUAACACUAUUACAGUACUACGGGACGUGCCGCGUCAUGGUGCACAUGAUUUUGUAUACCAUCGAUGGGAUUUAACAACAUGGCCGGCUCUUUCAAACUGUCGUCAUUUCAACAGAUUUGCUACGAAAGCCACAACCACGGUCAAGUUAUCACCGGAAGCAUUUAUUAACCCGUAUGAAUACCAGAGCGUUGAGGAGACUGAGAGAAAAGUUCAACAAUACACAGACUAUAUCUCAGGAGACAUUUCCACCAAUCCUGGUAUAAAGGCAUCGGCAGUGAAUUCAAUUCGAGCCACCGCCCCCAUUGAAGGAUUUUGGAAAACUUAUUCCAGCAGAGAUGCACCCUACCUUGUGUGGCGGUACAUAAUGACAGAAGACGGCGUAGAAAGGAUAUUCCCAGGAGUCCGCCUAACGGACGAUUACGACCACAAAUUGAGACCCUGGUAUCGUCGGACAGUAGCUCUGAAGAAGAUGAACGUAGUGUCAGCGCCGUAUGAAGACUCGUGGGGAUCUGGAAAAGUUAUCACAGUAUCACGGAGCAUUUUAAAAAAAGCAACAACUCAGGGCGGCAGUGACAAAAUAGAGGCUGUAAUGGGGACUGAUUUCUCCAUUUAUUACUUCAAUCAGAUUCUUAAAGAUAAAUAUCCAAUCUGUGCCAACACUACAACUCACAGCUGUAUUGUGAUAGACAACAGUGGAUUCCUUGUGAUGCAUCCUUUCUACAUAGAAACAACAGAUCUAAUUGACAGUUCCAUCCAUCUCACAUACAAGGAGGGAAGAAUAUCUCGUUCACUGAUCAAAGAAGGAAUAAUGUACAGACAACCGUGCAGGGACACAGAAAAUAAAAAGGAACAAUUCACAUACAGGGUCAAAUUGCCACAAAAUCACCUUAAUGGAAUAGUGAACUCGGAAGAAGGCUAUGAAAUGCGUCCUGUAACUGGUUCCAAUCUGUUCCUGAUUCUAAAACAAAGAAAAACUAGCCAGGAUUUACCUUGUUGUUCUGAGAAGAGUUCAGUUCCACCUAGUUCUCUAAAAUGUGGAGAUGACGAUUGCACCUGUCUUUGUUAUAAGAAUCAGGAUUUCAACGACUGUGAAAACAAAUACACCAUGGAUGGGAUAUCUCCUUGUAAUCCUAAACUACCCACUCUGUCGUCUGUUAGUACACCAGAGGGAGACAAAAAUAAAUAUCUGAGCACAUGUUUUCCGACUGACUGUCCGUGCCGAAAGACAGAAAGUGAGUGCUUUCGAACAUCUGGUUGUUCCUGGUGUACCUCUACAAUGAGUGGCAGUAAGGUGGGCAAAUAUUACUGCGACUUAAAGGAAUCCUGUCCAUCCAAACAGUGUGUAACACAGAGUUGCACAUCGAAGUGCUGUGGAUCUGAGUGUGGAACUGUUUCCAGUCAAUCAAAUGUAGGAGAGAUUGCUGCUGGUGUAACAGGUGGCACACUUGUCGUUGUAUUGGUCAUCAUUGGUAUCAUCGUAUUCGUUGUAUACAAACGACGACGACAGGACCAAGAUGAUACCUAUUUAGACCCAACACAUGAUAUCGGGAAAAAGGAGCCCUCCAGAGACUCAGAACACUAUGUCUACCCCACAGAUUAUCACAUGACGAAUCUCGGCGCAACUACGGAGGAGGGACAGAGCAAUGGAUAUUUAGAAGCAACGCUUGAUGCCGCGACAAAUGAGCCCUCCAGCCAUUCAUUUCAAUAUGACUACCCACGGGUUAACACAUGACGAAUCUCGUGCAAGUACGGAAAAGGAUCUGCACAAUAGAUAUUGAUGAAGAAUAAAUUGAAAUUUGAUCAAUCUAUUGACAAUUGAUACAGUAACUAUCUUGCAUCAAUCAUGAUUGCAAACGUUUAGGGAAACGAACAUAACGUAACAUUUGUAUGAAGUCCCUGUUUUGUUUAUACAUGUAUUUAAGAAACGAAUUUUUUUUAAAUACAUGAGGCAUGAAAUCCACUUGGGCGUAUACCUACAAGCGAACUGUGAAAACUUUUUCAAACCUCUGUUCUACACAUGCGAAAUCGUUGACGAAAACUGCCCUCUGUCUUUUCAAACUUCCUACGUCACGCUGUUUUCAAAGCAUCAUAAUCCAACGCUUUGUCCUGUGACAGCAGAGCGUGCACACCCAGCGCAGCAUCUCUAGGAAAAUCACUCGGUUCAACCGCAGUAAAAUGAACCAACGAUACCAACAAUUAGAUUGUCAAAUUUUCAGAACGACCCGUCCCUUCUUCGGGACAAACUAAAAGAGUGAAAUGUUCCAAAAAAGCUAUAAAUAGAACUACACUUAACUAACAAACGUAUUUACUCAGCAAAUCACAUGUUGGGCUUGUUAUUUUAUAUUUCCUCGGGAGCGAAUUAGAACAUGUGCUAAACAUAUUACUUGUAACAUGUAAACACUUUCAAUGUAAAUGCGUUUGUAAAUUUGGUGUAGUUUUAGUGCUAGCCUUUUAGUAUACCUUUAGCCAUCUCAUGUAAAACUCUUUGUUUGUCAUGAAGAGGGGACGGGUCGCAGAGCAAACGGUGACUGUACGGUGUGUGAACACUUAACUCAACUUGGUGAACGGUAAGCGAAUGCAGAAUGCGAACGGAUCGCUAAGUAAACGGUACACAAACGGUGACUGCACCGUGAACGCAAGAUGAACGAUAUAUUUGGAAUAUCUCGAAUGUUUUCCUUACAUCGUGUGUAUUUUACAUUAGUAUUUAGGUAAGAAAAAAGAUAUUUGUAUUUAAGCAGUGAAUACAUUUUGUAAUGGCGAUCUGACCAGACUAAAUCACUCGUUGUAUAUAGCUAUUUUGUGAACACUUUCCAGAACAAGUAGAUAAAUAAAGAUGCAUGCAAUGUCGUGAGAAAUAUGAAACAUCUGCGCAACUUUGUACCGGUACAUGUAUUUUGUAUAAUUAUGUAUAUAUGUUUUCUGAGGUAUACGUUUAUUCAAAAACGGAUUAACAUUUCCAGCAUGAAGAAAAAAAAAUAGGGUACAAUAAUGAAACAGCAGUUAAUCCCUUGCAUUGCAGAUACACAAUUUACGCGUCUCCGAUCGAGUAAUACUAUAAUAUGGAAGAUUUAUUUAAUGUCUAAAAUUAAGGGUUAUAACAUUCAACUAAUACGGAAAAAUCAACAAAUAAGAAAGAAAACUUCUUCCUAUAAAAUAUUAUGAUAAACAUUAUAUUCAUUUUAGAUUUAAGGACUUAAUUGUAUUGAAUUUUUGCGACAGUUUUGAUAUUUAAUCAAGUUACCGCAUUCGUUUGAUUUUGUACCAUUGUCAUUUUAUAGUUGUGUAAAAAGUCAUAAAAUCAUAAUAAAGUUGAGAUAACAAAAGCUUAUACAGUUAUUUGUUUUACAAUUAAUUAGAAAUUGUUAACUUUUGGAAAACAGUGCCGAUUGUUAUCACUUGUGUAUGUGACAGUUACAUUGCAUGAAUGUUAUAAAAAUGUUGCAUUUUAUUCUGUUCCAUACUUUGGUAAAUAUAAAGAGAGGAAAUACUCAGCUUUAAUAAAAACUUUACACAAUUUGA